UUACUUAAAUUCGUCAGCUAUAUGGUCACUGCUGACGAAAUUUGGUCUCCAAACACUAACUGAUUACUCUGCGUGUGACUAAACUUCAUGCUCAUGGUACUGCCAAUAAUAUAUAUAAAACACACAUCUGUUUAAUAAAACUACUCUGCCCUGAAUUCUAAGCUCUACAAUACUCUGUUGUUUCAACUUUUCGCCCAUGGAGAAUCUGAACUCUAACUACUACUUAGCUAUCUUGCUAUUUUUUGUUAGUAUCUUUUUUUUGAAAUUCUUGCUUCAUUCCCGAAAACGCUUACCACCUAGUCCUCAAUCUCUCCCAAUAAUCGGCCAUCUUUACCUUAUAAAAAAUUCACUUCACCAGACAUUAACCUCCUUAUCAACUAAAUAUGGCCCUGUUUUAUAUCUCCGGUUUGGCUGCCGAAAUUUGCUUGUUGUGUCAUCUCCAUCCGCUGUGGAAGAAUGUUUCACAAAAAACGAUGUCAUAUUUGCAAAUCGUCCUAAGAGUAUGGCUGGAGAUAAGUUUUCCUUCAACUAUAAGACCGUUGUUUGGGCUCCUUAUGGCUAUCUUUGGAGGGCUCUUCGCCGUCUAACUGUAAUCGAGAUCUUCUCUUCCAAUAGCCUUCAAAAGUCUUCUGCUAUGCGGAAUGAGGAAAUUGGAACUCUUAUUCGCGGUUUGUUCAAAGCUAGCGAUAAGAAUAGCAAGAGUGGUGCAAAAGUUAACUUGAGUAGUUGGGUUUUUACUUUUGCGUUCAAUGUUAUGAUGAGAACUGGUACUGGGAAACGUUGUGUAAGUGAGGAAGACAUAGGAACAGAGAAGGGUAAACAAAUAAUUGAAGAGGUAAGGGGAUUUUUCUUCGCGACGUUGUUGUUUAUGAACGUGUGUGAUUUCAUGCCAGUGUUGAAAUGGUUUGGAUACAAAGGGAUUGAGAAAAAGAUGGUCUCAGCUCACAAGAAGAGAAAUGAAUUCUUGAAUAGUUUGUUCGAUGAAUUUCGAGGGAAGAAAGUUACUAAUGUUUCAGAGUCCAGUACUAGGGAGAAGAAGAGCACAUUGGUUGAAACUCUAUUGUCUCUGCAAGAAUCGGAACCUGAAUUCUACACGGAUGAUCUCAUUAAAAGUGUUCUAGUGGUUUUGUUUGUUGCGGGAACAGAGACAACAUCGAUGACUAUUCAAUGGGCGAUGCGACUUCUUUUAGCUCACCCUGAGGCAUUUCACAAGUUGAGAGCUGAGAUUGAUAGCAAAGUGGGGAAUCAGCGCUUGCUUGAUGAAUCUGAUCUCACUAAACUUCCUUAUUUGCAGUGUGUUAUUAACGAGACGCUGAGAUUAUACCCACCAGUACCUCUUCUGUUGCCUCACUACUCAUUAGAAGAUUGUACUGUCGGUGGCUAUGAUGUACCAAAACAUACGAUCCUAAUGGUUAACGCUUGGGCCAUCCAUAGGGACCCCAAGUUGUGGGACAAGCCUGAAAAUUUCAAACCAGAGAGAUUUGAGGCUAUGGAUGGGGAAAAAGAAGGCUUCAAUUAUAAAUUUGUGCCAUUUGGUAUGGGAAGAAGGGCAUGUCCUGGAGCUGCAAUGGGCUUACGUACUGUUUCAUUGGUUUUAGGUUCUUUGAUUCAGUGGUUUGAUUGGAAAAGUCUGGAAUUAGAGGAAAACUUGGAGGCGUGCUAUGAUUCUAGAAUCAGUUUGAACAAGGAUAUGCCUCUGGAGGCAAUUUGCAUUCCGCGCCAAAAUUGUAUUCAAUUUCUCGAUCAGCUUUAAGUCUAUUCGUCAUAUAGAUCUGCUCCUGUUUAUGUAUGUUUUUUAAAUUUACCUUUGUGUUCUAAGGGAAUGUUAAUAAAUAAGAUACCUGAGUUUAAGGACAAGGUGGAAAUGAAACAUGAAACAAUGCUUAAGUUGUUAUUUGGUGAA